UUUUGUCAUUAUUUAUAUACACAUCAAUUUCACACAUAUUUAUUAAUUAAUUUGUAGCUAAUUUUCAUUAAAUAAUAAAUAUUUGCCACUUUGAUAUAUUAUUGAUGGUGUUAUAUUUAUGUAUGAUGUGUUAGGUUUAGAAUUAUUUUAUUAUGGAUGAGCCUGAGGAGGAAAAGGUUUCAAAUACUGAUUCGGAACCUUAUUCUAAAAUUUUGGUGUUUAUAAUUGUCGGAAAAGACGACAAACCUCUUCUAAUUGAGGACCUUUCAACACCAGGUAGAAGGUCAGACCCUCCUCACCUUUCAUCAUUUGUGGCCCAUCAAUCUCUCGAUGUUAUUGAAGAUAUCAUUUGGACAAACCCUAAUAUAUUUUUAAAACAGGUUGACGCUUUUGAUUUUCUCUCAGUUUCAGCCUAUGUUACAUGCUCUCAUGCAAACUUUCUACUUGUUACUCGUUCACAUAACCCUUCCUCAAACGAUUUUGUAAUAUAUUCAUCUACCACUAGUCCUGUAGAUCCUCAGCCUCCUUCUUCUGACAAUAUCAGGUACUUUUUCAGGGAAGUUCAUGAACUCUACUCGAAACAGAUCAUGAAUCCUCUUUACGUCUUUAAUACUAGUCUAGAUUCAAGUAAUUUUAAAAGUAAAGUUCACCAGGCUGCUAAAAAAUAUUUAAUCUGAUACCAAUAA